AUGGACUCGCCAGUCCUUACCCAGCUGUUCCGACAGCUCUUCCGCCAUCCGGCAUGUCGAUCAUUAAGGCGGUCACCUUCCGUACUUACUCGACCACAAUCCCGAUCAUUUCUCACGCGGCGCACACCUGUCAACAACAUCGAUGAGGAGUACAGGACGUAUCCGACGGUGACGGCGAAGGAGCUACGAAACCGCCGCGAACGGCCGCGGCAGGUCAAGAUGCUGACGCGCGAAUUCAUCGACGACAGCCUCUACAACCCGCAUUAUGGUUAUUUUUCCAAGCACGCGACCAUUUUCAGCCCCGGAGAGCCGUUCGACUUCAACAACAUCGAAGACGGGCCGGCGUUCCACAAACUCCUCGGUCAACGGUACACGGAGUUUGAAGACAAGCUCGAUGCGACGAACCCAGAUAUCGCGCGACAGCUAUGGCACACACCGACCGAGCUGUUCCGACCAUACUAUGGCGAGACCAUUGCGCGGUACUUGGUGUCAAAUUACAAGCUGACUCUAUACCCGUACCACGACCUGAUCAUCUACGAAAUGGGUGCAGGAAACGGCACAAUGAUGUUAAACAUCCUGGAUUUCAUCCGCGACACCGAUUACGAGGUGUACCAGCGCACCAAGUUCAAAAUCAUUGAGAUCUCGCCCGCACUGGCAGAUCUACAGUACAAGAAUUUGACCGACAAGCUCAGUGCCAAGGGACACCGGGACCACGUCGAGAUUGUAAAUCGGUCAAUUUUCGACUGGGACACAUACGUUCAUUCCCCGUGUUUCUUCCUGGCCCUGGAGGUUUUCGAUAACUUCGCCCACGACACCAUCCGCUACCAACAAGGCACUGAGAUGCCACAGCAGGGCGGUGUGCUCAUCGAUGCGGACGGCGAGUUCCACGAGUACUACAACAACCAGCUCGACCCAGUCGCAGCUCGCUUCCUACGCGUGCGUCAAGCCGCCGCCCGCCGUCCAUUCCCAAGUCCCUUGGGACCGCCGCUGCUCCGCGGCCUCCGCUCCGCCGCGCCCUUCCGGAAGGAAUACACCCUGCCUGAGUACAUACCAACACGACUGAUGCAGUUCUUUGAUGUUCUGAAUCAGUAUUUCCCGGCCCACCGCCUCGUCUCCAGUGACUUCAAUUCCUUGCCAGAUGCCGUGCCUGGGAUCAACGCGCCGGUCGUGCAGACUCGGUAUCAGCGGCAGACAGUGCCAGUGUCGACUCCUUUUGUCCACCAAGGCUACUUCGAUAUCUUCUUCCCGACGGACUUUAAUGUCGUCGAGGAUAUGUAUCGUGCUAUUACGGGGAAGCUGACGCAGGUCACGAGCCAUGAGGAGUUCGUGCACCGCUGGGCCUAUAUUGAGGAUACGGAGACUCGGAACGGGGAGAAUCCGCUGCUGAGCUGGUAUAAGAAUGCUAGCAUGUUGAUGACUGUGUAG